GAUAGUCGUGAGCAGCACUCAACGACAGCCACUCCCAGGCAGAGCCGUGCCGCCCUAAAGAAGUGUCCGCCCACCACGCCCGUGACCACCCCACGGAACACUGCCACGGCGAGGAGUGUGUGUCAGACCAUCACAGCCCCUCAACACCACCACCACCACCACCACCAGCAACAACAACAACAACAAGAACAACAGCGUCAUGGAGGCUGCAGGGAGGGGCGGCAGAAUGGCAGGACAGAGACAAGUGAGGAACAUGUACACUGGCGGAAACCCUGCGGAGUGUCCAGUGUGCAUGACAGGCUAUGAUGGCACCGUGCAGAGGCCGCGCACCCUGCCCUGCGGCCACACUGUCUGCACGCUGUGCAUAGAGGAGCUGAAGGUGCAGGGCCGUGUUGCCUGCCCAGAGUGCCGCGUUAGACACGCCGUGCCCGAGGGAGUUCAGUUCCCUGUCAACUAUUCUGUUGAGGCCCUCAUAGGGAUGAUGAGAGACUCGCCGCCACCCAGUGCCGGGGAAGGAGCAGCAGCAGCAGCUGGCAAGAAGGAGGCGGCGGGUCUCUCCAAGAAAAUGCGUUCCUCCCUGCAGGAACAGGAGGCCAUAGUUGUGGCUGCCAUCACCGCCUGCCGGGAGGCUCAGUCACAGCUGGGCCAGUACCAGACGACCCUGGCAGGCUGGGGCGAGCGGCAGCAGCAGCUGGAGGACAGGCUCCUGGAACUGGUGGACCAGAGCAGGAGUGCCAGGGAGCUCCUGCAGCAGGAAGAGUCCCGUGCGGCGGCCAAGGAGGAGGAACUGAAGAAGGGGGAGCAGGGGCUGCAGGCCUUACUGGAGACGUUGCGCACCCUUACAACAGAGCAAGAACUAUUCGUGGCAAUGCUUGAAGUGUUUUGUUGCACUGGCGGGACAAAGCAGGCGGUGAAGGAGUGCCGAGAAGGUUUUCCUGAUGCCAGCACCGUCACCACCGCCAGGAAGGUGAACGUGGCAUCUAGUGCAGCCCUGGAGGCUGUCCAGGCAGCUCUGGAAACACUUCCUACAGAGGAGCCCAGGCCCCAGGCAGACUCAGACUCCACCGUCAUGGACAGACUGCACCUCAUCUGGACAGGGAGCUUGAUGGCCGAGGACCUCCGCAGCCUGACGCAGCCCGCCAGGCGCCUGCUGGAGGCUGGCCGGGUGUUUGCUGUCUACCAGGCGGAAGGUCAGCGCCGACACGCAAGAAUAAGCCUUGAAGCCGGCCAGCUGUGCCUCCACGCCCUGAAGGACCAUCCCUUGCCACGGGGCGCGGCAACCCUGCAGGUGAGCGAGGUUGUGCCACCCUCCCCCCCCUGCACGGUGUUCCUGGACCUGUCAUGGCCGGGCAAGGCGCCGCGGCGGGUCCAAAUUCGUCUGAGCCCCGACACAACGCGGGGCAGACAGUUCUUAUUGUUGUGCACGGGGCAGCGCGGCCCCUCCUACGUUAACACCAGGUUGUUCCAGGUAGUGAGGAAGGGGGAGGCGGGAGAGUUUGUGAAGGGCGGGGACUACGAGAGUAACGAUGGUGAGGGGUCAUCCGUCCUGCUGCCUGGCCUUGAUAAGGGUGCGUACUGCAAUUCAGUCCAGGCGGGGGAUGUGUUUGGGCUGGGGUGGAAUUACCGUACCCCGGAAGAGAAUGGUCAGUUUGGAAUCCGAACCAGAAAGUGUGCGGGUAAGUCGAUGUUUGUCUUCGGUGAGGUGGUGGACGGACUGCACGUGGUGGCCAAAGCAGCCCAACACAGGGACAUUAAGGAGGUGACUGUGGCGGACUGUGGCGUGGUGUUGUGUGGGUAAUGGCCACCACCAACACCACCACCACCACCACUGCAUUCUUGUAACAUCCGGGGUGAUAUUUUGCGUGAUGUUUCGUGCAUUACAUAAAUACUUGACGUAGUGUGUUAGUUUCUUGGGGCAUCCUUGUAGCAGCCAGUGUGAAGUUUCGCGCAUUUCAUAAACACUUGAUGUAAUGUGAUAAUUCCUUGGGGCAUCCUUGUAACACCUAGCAUGAUGUUUUGUGUAUUACAUAUAUAUAUAUAUA